UAAAAAUUUAAGUUUUGUAAGAAGUUUUUACUUCAAAAUACUAAUAAAGUUUUAAUUUUUUAGCAAUGGGUCGUACAUCAGUUAAUCCUGUAAGUGUGUUGUUUUUUGACUAUAACAAGGGAUCUAAUACAUCAAAAUGUAAGAUUUCUGACUGUCCACACCCCAUCAUGAAAGGCAAACAUUCCAUGACACUUCAAAAACAUGUAGAGCAACGUCAUCCAAAAUCGUACCUUGUAUUGGUAAAGGAGAAACGGCGUAUGGAACUUGCAGAUAGUGAUUCGGAUAAAGAUGAUGGUUUUGAAUCGAACAACAAAAAACUGAAGAUUGGUCCACUUGAUAAAGUUAUCAGUGUAACAAAGAAAUCACUUUAUAUAAGGAUGGAUAAAGAGACACUAUUAAAAGCAUGUACCGAACUUGUCACAAUCAAUGGUAGACCAUUAACUAUAUUUAAAGAUUCUGGCAUGCAAAAGAUUUUGAACCCCAUAACACAAUCAAUUGGAAAUAGUGAGUUUCUACCAACCUAAUACAUUUUGUAAAGCCCAUUUUUUCAAAAUUAUUUACCUAUAUAAUUAGCUUACAUUUUAAAUAAGUAGGUAAUCAUAUUUGUGAUUUACAUUAAAUA